UUGGGGAGGGCAGCUUCGGCAAGGUGUUCUUGGCGACCUGGAACGAGACGCUGGUGGCCGUCAAGCUGCUGCUUUCGACUGAUGACGCCGCGGCCGCAGCAGCCGGCAGCAGCGCCUCCCUCAGCCUCCCCCUGCCCGUCAUGGAUGAGCUGCAGAAGGAGGCGGGGCUGAUGGCCUCGUUAAGGCACCCCAACGUCGUGCUCUUCCUGGGCGUCUGCGCCUCGCCGCCGGCGGUGGUCACCGAGUAUUGCUCCCGGGGCUCGCUGCUGGAUGUGCUGCGCAAUGCCCAGUGCUCUGACCAAGCAGCCCAGCAGCUGACAUGGGUCCGCCGCCUGAGCAUGGGGCUGGAUGCUGCCAAGGGCAUGCUGUGCCUUCAUGCCCACAACCCGCCCAUCCUCCACCGCGACCUCAAGUCCCCCAACCUCCUGGUCGACGCAGCGUGGCGGGUCAAGGUCUGCGACUUCAACCUGUCGAAAAUCCUGGAGGACAGCGUGCGCUCCAGCUCGGCAGGCGGCCUGCUCAACCCGCGCUGGCUGGCGCCCGAGGUGCUGAUGGGGCAGAACGCCACCGCCGCCAGCGACGUCUUCUCCUUUGGAACGGUGUUGUGGGAGCUGCUGACCUGGCAGCUGCCGUGGGAGGGCGUCAAUCUAUACCAGCUUGUGUUCAUGGUGAGCAGAGGCGAGCGCCUGGCCAUCCCCCCAGCAGAUCAGCUGCCAGGCGUGGACCAGCUUCCGGCCGACGAGCAUGCAGCAUACGUGUCGCUCAUCCGCCGCUGCUGGGCACAGGAGACCUCGGAGCGCCCCACAUUUGCAGAAGCCAUCCUGGAGCUGCGAGGAGUCAUGUCGCGGCUGAUUGGCGCCGCCAUGCCCGGCAGCCCCGUGACGCCUGCCGCAGCCCGCGACUAGGCACUACCCAUUCAUUCUGUAGGCCCUGAUUCUUCCCGUGGAUCUUUCCCGUGCUUCCACCACACUUGCCCCUCGAUUUUAGGACAGUCCCAACCUUUCCGCAACCCCACACGAUCGCCGCUCUCUUGUGUUGCACGCCCUCUUGCUGCGCCCCAACACAAUGAAUUGUUGGCCCCCAGGCCGGCGCUCUUGUUGACCCCCACUCACCGCUUGCCACCUGCGGCGCUGAAAGCAUUGCGCUCUUUUUGGACUGUCGCUGCACCACUGACACACCCCAUUGCCAGACCGCUUGCUGCAUUGUACAAUGCCAUUGUAAACUGCAUGCUGU